GUGCGAGAAAACGGAAACCAAACUACUAAGAAGAAGAUGAAGAGUAGGAUUUGGACGAUCGGAGUGGCGAUUACCACCUUAUUAGUAUUUGGUAGAUUAACGAGCAAGGCAAUGGCGCAGCGGCGCCCGCCACAAACGCAAGAGGCACAAGUCCCAUGUUUCUUCAUCUUCGGCGACUCCUUGGUCGACAACGGCAACAACAACGGCAUGCUCACCCUCGCCAGGGCUAAUUACGGCCCCUACGGCAUCGAUUUCCCCUUGGGCGCCACCGGCCGCUUCACCAACGGCCAAACCUACGUCGACGCUCUCGCUCGGCUGCUAGGGUUUCAAAACUUCAUCCCGCCCUUCGCCAGAGCUCGAGCCCCGCGGGAGGUGCUGAGGGGAGUCAAUUUCGCUUCCGGCGCCGCCGGCAUCCGCGAAGAAACCGGCAACAAUCUCGGAGAUCAUGCUUCGCUGAGCCAGCAAGUGACCAACUUCGGCAACGUGGUGCAAGUGAUGCUUCGGUACUUCCGAGGCGACGCUUCUCUCCUCAAUUCCUACCUCGGCCGGUGCAUCUUCUUCUCCGGGAUGGGGAGCAACGACUACCUCAACAACUACUUCAUGUCCAAUUUCUACACCACCAGCUCCGACUACACCCCCAAGGCGUUCGCCUCCGUUCUCCUCCAAGACUACGCCAACCAGCUCGCCAAGAUGUACACGAUGGGAGCUCGGAAGGUGAUCGUGACGUCGGUCGGGCAGAUCGGGUGCAUACCUUACCAGCUGGCUAGGUACACCGCCAACAACAACACCGGCAACAACAGCAGCCGGUGCAACGAGAAGAUAAACGACGCCGUUUCCAUGUUCAACUCGGGUUUGAAGAGGCUCGUCCAGCGUUUCAACGGUGGGACGGAGCUUCCCGGGGCCAAGUUCGUUUACCUCGACUUCUACAAGAGCACAAGCGACUUGUAUCGCAACUCCUCCCAAUACGGGUUUGAAGUGAUCGACAAAGGGUGUUGUGGAGUUGGGAGGAACAACGGGCAAAUCACGUGUCUGCCGUUGCAGCAACCGUGCCCGGACCGGCGGAAGUAUCUGUUUUGGGAUGCCUUCCACCCCACGGAACUUGCCAACGUCUUGUUGGCGCAGUCGUCGUUUUCGACUCAAUCCUUCACUUAUCCCAUCAACAUUCAACAACUGGCUAUGUCUUGAUGAGAAUCAAUUCAUCAGUUUGAUCAUAUCAUAAAUAAUUAUAUAUAUAAAAUAGUACGUGUAGCAUAAAACACAAUUAUAUGUGUACUAGUUCAACAAUUUGUCCCUUAUUGUGUC